ACUCCUUCUAAUUUAACACCACAACUAUUAUAGUUCUUUAUAAUAUAAACCAACUCAAUGAUUUAAAAACUUAGAUGUCAUCUCAUUGUGUUUAUUUUAAUACAAAGUUAUAAUGUUCCAUGUUGUCAGCAUAUGAUAAGCAAUCACACACCAAUCAAUAGCUUGUUUAAAACUAUGUUAUUUGCAGACUUUAAUCCCCAUGUUUUGUCUUAAUCAUCAUUACUCCUUCCUUUCCCUUAUAUCUGUAGUAUGAGAAAUGAAAUCAAUGUCUUUAACAAGCUCCUUUCCUCUUCAUGUUCCAGUUACAGCUUCUACUUCACUUGUAAAACAUGUUAACAAGAUUGCGAUGCUUAAACACAACCAAGUUCCUAACAACAAAAAACCCACUUUUCAGAUCAGAUCCUUCUCCAAGAAAAAAAAGGUUUUUGAGGACCAGUCUCAGGGAUUAAUCUGUUAUGAAGAUGAAAAUGGUGAAAUAGUUUGUGAAGGAUACGAUGAAGGCCCUCGGUUUCAUCAACGAACAUUUUAUCAUCUUAGAGAUGCAGAGAUCCUUGAUCUUCUUCAAGAUAGAUGGCUUCAAAUCGUUAAUGACGGAGGAUUAAGCAGUGCUAAUGAAGGUGUUACCACUGUGAAGGAUGAUUCCCAAGUGUAAUGAUUUUAACAAUGGAAGCCUGGUUCUUACCAGAUUUCAUGGAAUGAUUGUUAAAGACUGUAAAAAGAACUCUUGUAAGAAAAAAAAAAAAAGAGUCCCUUGUAAUCAAUCACUUUGUUUUUACAUAAUGUAAUCAAAGGCUAGUUUUUCAAUCAA